GUGUCCUUUGUUCCUUUCUGUUUUACCUGUCCUGCCCCUUUAAGAUUAGACAUUUCAAUCUAGGCGUGUUUCCUGCUGCCAUUGACUAAAAAAUCCUGCAGGGGGGAAAAAAGCAUCCAACAGCUUCACAUGUUUGCGUCCAUACAGGCGCUUAUUUCUUAUUUCUAAAGGAUUGUUUUAUUAUUCUAUAGAAGAGACGUCCAGCAGCUCUUUAAUGUCUGUGCAAGAUCAUUUAUGAUUUAUGAUUUAUCGAGAUGAUAUGAAUGUCAGUCGGUCAAGGUCUGAGCUCCACAUGCAGCUGGAUUUUCCUUCUUCUGCUGGGAAACAUCUUCCUCAAGCGUUUGGAUGAUUAUCUAAUAACAUAUAUAUUUUAAUUACCUGGUGAGAGGAUUGUUGGUGUUGGAGCUUCUCUGUGGGAAUGACAUGCUGCAGUGAAGAAACCUGGAUAUAAUAAUGGAUUAGAAAAGCAAUGAGGAUGUGACUGCGACACUUUACAACCAACAGGAAAAUGCUUUAUCUCCUUCUGCAGAAAUCUUUAUUAUAACAGAAAUAACAGCUGCCGUUAACCCCUAAAGAAGAAGAAGAAGGAGGAUUGAUCAUCCAUCAUGUCGGCGGUGAUGAUCACUAGAAAGGUGCGAAAAUGGGAGAAGCUUCCUGGGAAGAACUCGUUCUGCUGUGACGGUCGGGUGAUGAUGGCCAGACAGAAGGGAGUCUUCUAUCUGACCCUCUUCCUCAUCGUGGGGACAUGCUCCCUCUUCUUCGCUUUCGAAUGUCCGUACCUGGCUGUCCAUCUGUCUCCUGCCAUCCCAGUUUUCGCCAUCGUGCUCUUCCUCUUCGUCAUCGCCAUGUUGCUGAGGACCAGCUUCAGCGACCCCGGGGUGCUGCCGCGGGCUCUCCCAGAGGAAGCCACAUUCAUCGAGAUGGAAAUUGAGGCCGCCAACGGGAACGUCCCCGCGGGGCAGCGGCCCCCACCUCGAAUCCGCAAUGUUCAGAUCAACAACCAGAUCGUGAAACUGAAGUACUGCUACACCUGCAAGAUCUUCCGACCACCUCGAGCGUCUCACUGCAGCAUCUGUGACAACUGCGUCGACCGUUUCGAUCACCACUGUCCAUGGGUAGGCAACUGUGUGGGCAAGAGGAACUACCGCUACUUCUACAUGUUCACCCUGUCACUCUCCCUGCUCACCAUUUAUAUCUUCACCUUCGACAUCGUCCACGUGGUGAUGCGUUCGGUUGAUCAUGGCUUUUUGAACACUUUGAAGAUAACACCUGGCACUGUGCUGGAGGUGUUGGUGUGUUUCUUCACCCUGUGGUCGGUGGUGGGACUGACGGGCUUCCACACCUACCUGAUCUCUCUGAACCAGACCACCAAUGAGGACAUUAAAGGAUCCUGGUCGGGAAAGAACAGAGUCCAGAACCCGUACAGCCACAAGAACAUCUUCAAAAACUGCUGCGAGGUGCUCUGUGGGCCGGCGUACCCGAGCGUCUUGGACAGAAGAGGACUGAUGCGGGAAGAUUCGCCGGAUUCUGCUUCAUCUGCUGCACCUUCCUCCUUCAGCAGCAGCAACCCAGUGUCACAAACCACAAAAACUACAGCUCCACUCAUCCCUAACGAGCACACGCCUGACGAUGCCAAGCCGAGCAUUGCCGCCUCAGCAGAGAAGAGCGCCUCCCCGAAAGAGGAACUCCCUCCUGCUCCAAAGGUCCCGCCCCUGGCUUCACCGGAGACUGAUGCUGAAGCAUCCGUCGUCAAGGACAAGGCCCAUUAGCUGCAUGAGGAGGCGGCUCUCGGCUGUCGUCGUGGCCUCUCCUCCCCGGCAUCCUGCCUGGUCAGUAACUGAAACAUUAAUAAUCAAUAUGUGAUUACUGCGCGGGUGACUCGGUUACUCUCCGACGCCCGCUCUACAUUCCGCCAGAAGAGCAGCGUUUCUGCGGCAGCUCCUCCUCUUCCCUCCUCUCCUCACCAGUAGCUGCAGAGCUGUUUGAUUGACAUUUACUCCUGCAGGAGGGGGGGGAGUGAUUUAAUGGAACGUCAGCAGCUUCCUCUGUCUCCUGAACACUGCAUGGAAAAGACACACAGGGGGAGAAGCUGUUGGAAGAACUGCAGAGAAAAAUAAACUCUCCAAGUGUAUGACAUCCUCACAGGUAACCUGUGGGUCGCUCUGACUGUCAGUACUUUUGUUCUUUAUUUAAAAUUGUAUAAUGACAUUUAUUGUGAGAGGCCAGUUCAAAUAUACUCCUUGCAAGUGUCUGGCAAAGACAAUAUUACUUCUGGACAUGUAUACAUACAGUCAGUUUUCUGUGCUCAUUACAUGCCCUAUGCAAACCAUGAGAAGGCUGGACAAGCAGCUUUUGAUGAAAGAAGGCGUAACACCAGUUAAGUGUGCGAGUACACAUGAUGUCCUUGCAGGAAGGAGGACAUACAAAUCUGUAGCUGAGAUGUCCUAAAAGACUCCUUCCAGGCAGGCAAGUUAAAAUCUACCUUGUAUUCUGAUAUUGCUGCAUUCAAUACUGUUGUUACUUACAUACAACUUCUUUUUUUUUAAGUGAUCCAGACCAACGCCUGUCCUUCCAUUUUUAUAUAUAUCAAGGAUGUAGUUAGGACGUCGGUGCUCUGAAAUAGAUGGAAAGUUCAAAGUCUCAGCCAGAGUCCCAGUGUGAGAGAGAGAAAAGGCCUGACUUCUGAUGAUAGUAGACACUAGUAGUAACAGUGCCUUAUCAAAACAGUUGCACCAUCAAAUGCAACGGAGGUCGACCAACAGAGAAGCCCUAGAGAUCCGUUCUAACCACAGAUAACAGCGGUAAAAUGAGAAAUGCCAACGUUUAUACUCUAAUUAGUCCAGUGGUUCCCAACCUGGAGGUUGCAAGAUGAAUCUUAAGUGGUCACGAGAUGAUUUAAGGAAGAGUUCGACAUUUUUGGAAACGGCUUAUUUGCUUUCUUGCAGAUGGUUAGAUGAGAAGAUGCUCAUGUCCCUAUAGUAAAUAUAAAGCUACGGCCAGGAAAUGGUUAGCUCAGCUUAGCAUAAAGAUGGGAAACAGCACCUCUAAAGCUAAUUCAUUAAUAUGUUAAAUUACAUUUAGUUAUUGUUAUCAACUCUUUGUUGACUUCCUGUUGUUUUCACACUUUUUUGUACAGAUUAAACAAAAUAAUUAAUGAAGUUUAGAGGUGUUGGUAGGUGUAGAGAGGCUAGCAGCUAAGUAAGGGUUAAUGUACAGCGAGCUGGUCAUUGUUGUGAAAUAAACCCCGACAGGGCAAUGUGACUUAUUUAUACUGUGGUUUAUUUCAAAACAAUGACCCGCUAGCUGUACAUUAUCCCGCUAAUUACACAGCU